AUGAGAUUCUCUGCCUUUCUAGUCAUCUUCUUGACCUUCUGGUUUCUCAUUCUCUUCUACUGGUUUCCGCCUGCGAAACCAACUUCUUUUCAAGAUGACCAAGAGGACAAUCCCUCUCUCAAUCCUGCACAAUCUCGUUGCAAAGAGAGCGUUUAUGUGUAUGAAUUGCCGGAUAAAUUCAACCUCGGACUCCUCCGUGAUUGCCAACAUUUGAACGUCUACACAAACAUGUGUCCACAUGUGGCAAACUACGGUCUUGGCCAACCACUUCCAAAAAUGGGAUCAACUAGUUGGUUUGGCACCCACCAAUACACGGCGGAGAUGAUCUUCCACGCACGUGCCGAGAACCACCCUUGUCGCACUUGGGAUCCCCUAAAAGCCAACUUGUUUUACGUCCCUUUCUAUGGGGGCCUCCAUUGUUCAAGCAAGUUUCGCGAGCCUAAUCAUGCAGUACGCGAUGCUUUAACCUUUGAAUUGUCAGAAUUUAUUCUUCAGCAACCGUGGUGGCAAAGAAACAAUGGAAUGGACCAUUUCUUGGUUCUUGGAAGGACUGCGUGGGACUUCAUGAGAACUGAAGGUGGGGUUGACUUUGGGGCGAACAAACUUCUACUUUUACCUCCGAUAAAAAACAUGUCAGUGCUGACAGUAGAAAGGAACCCUUGGGUUGGGUCAAAUCAACAUGGUAUUCCCUAUGCAUCUUAUUUCCAUCCAUCCACGGUUGGUGAAAUGCUGGCAUGGCAAAAAAGCAUGCGGGAGAUAGAGCGGCCAUACCUUUUCUCAUUCAUCGGCGCCCCACGAACCGGCGUGGAAAAGGCGGCAAUCCGAGAUGAGAUCAUAAAGCAAUGUGACAAAUCAACUCGAUGUUUACUCGUGAAAUGUGGUCAUGGAGCAAGUAAAUGUCACCUUCCCAGUGAAGUGCUAAAGGUGAUGGCAAGCUCUCAUUUUUGCUUACAACCGGCUGGCGACAUGUUCACCAGACGAUCCACGUUCGACUCGAUUCUUGCGGGUUGUAUUCCUGUGUUUUUCUCACCCCACACAGCAUAUUCACAGUAUGCAUGGUAUCUUCCUGCUGAUCCAAACGCCUACUCGGUUUUUAUAGAUGGAGAGGGAGAUGUUGGGAAGCGUAUAGAAGAUCAUCUUGUAAAAAUUCCAAUAGACAAAAUAGAGAGGAUGCGGAGGACAAUAAUAGAUUUGAUACCUUCAUUGACCUAUAUGCACCCCAAUUCAACCGGUUAUGGAUUUCAGGACGCGGUUGACGUUGGCCUUGCUUCACUGGCGAAGCACGUAAAAUCAAAAUUACCUUUGGCAAAGGGGAGUUAUUAA